GCUCGUACUUCAUGGUAAAAGAGAAGCAAAUAGUCACCGAAAAAAACGUUUUUAUCUCGUGUCGUCUUCGCAGGGCUUCUAUUUUUUAUUUCUACUAUUUCUACUGGUUUUGGAAGAAAGCAGACGCAGCCAUGAGUCUUAUGGCAAAAGGUGGUGGAGAUGGACCAGGUUUUGUCGGUAUCCGUUUCUGUCAGGAGUGCAACAACAUGUUGUAUCCAAAGGAAGACAAGGAAAACAAGAUAUUGCUUUAUGCCUGCAGGAACUGUGAUUACAAAAUGCCCACAGAAAAUAAUUGUAUUUAUGUCAACAAGUUGAUGCAUGAAAUUGAUGAACUCAGGCACAUUAACCCAGAAGUGAUACAGGACCCAACACUGCCACGGACAGACGACCAUCCAUGCCCAAGGUGUAGUACACGUGAUGCAGUAUUCUUCCAAGCCCAGACCAGGAGAGCUGAAGAUGAGAUGAGACUGUACUAUGUAUGUUGCAAUAGUGAGUGCACACACCGUUGGACUGAGUAAAUUAAGUUAUCAUCGUCAAUUUUUUUCUUACAAAAUCUACAAGUAAUUUGCCAGUAAUUUUCGAGGGUAUUAUUCUUGUUGGAUUGAAUACAUUUCAUACUUCUUGGAAAACAUGUCAUGCUAAAUAUAAUUAUGAUGCCUGAAAGUAUGUAAUAUAUGUAUAAUAAUAAAAUAUGUAUUUUCAACUGAUGCAUCAAUAAAAAAAUAUUUUA